AUGAUCGCGCUUGUGAUCUUCUCUGAAAGGUUUUCAGAAUCAGAGUGGCCCUUGCACGAGGCGGUAAAGAUUGCUGAGCGAGUGACGGCAGGUAAACUCGUGGCGAUCCCUGUCUUCUAUAGGGUGAGCAUUGAGGAUGUGACAAUGUUCGAGGGAAAAUUCGGAGAGUGUUUUGUGGAAACUGUGGUGAGAGGAAGAGGCCAGGAUCAUCCAUAUGGUCAGUUUUGGGUUGACUCAGUGCGGUUUAUUGCAGAAAAGAUCGGCUUCAACUCAGAAGUUUAUAGCAUUGACGUAGAGGAGAUUGUUAAGGCCAUAAAGAGACAACUACCAUAUCUGUCCCCAGCAAUACGAACACUUCAACGACAUUUUGCAAGAGAGUUUCUUAUUGCUUCACUUGUUUCUGCCAUCUGUUGUUACCUAAUCCUUCACUGA